AUGACAGAUAUUCUCUGCAGCUGGCUAAACGAUGAGAUCGGUAUUUCUGCCGUAGUCCGGAGAGAUAAUUUCGCAUCAACUCUUCAAAAUGGCUAUCACUUCGCGGAGGUUUUCUACAAAUAUGGCUUUCAAAUUGAUCUCGACUUAUUUUCCGCGAGAAAACAUGACGACGUCCUGGUUCGAAAUUAUUCCAUGCUCAGACCUGCUUUUGGGAAAAUCGGCGUUGAAAUAACUCCCUGGAAAGUGGCGCAGUACAAGAAACAUAAUCAGCGGGAAAUAAGAAAUUUGGCGUAUGACUUGUUUGUAGGAAUGCGCAGAUUUGUCAAGCAGCAAGAAGGGCCUUCGAAAUCACAACUUGUUUAUACAAGCAUCGAAAAGCUGUCAACCCCAGCGGGGCCAAAGAUGAUGCCCCUCGACUUGUCAGAACUCCCAGGAAGCGCCGACCCAAGCAACCAACCUGGAAUAAUGACGUCAAUCGUUGGAAGUACUCCAAAUCUUGCAGCUUAUCGAAAGAAAAAGAAGACCUCGAAGUUUUCAAUAGCUGAAUUCGAACUGGAAAAGAACCAGGCUUUGAAAGAUAUUGAUGACUUUGAAAUGGCGAAGAGCGAAGCUGUCAAAGGAAAGAAAGAAAUCUUGCCGGCGAUUGAAUACAUGAAUCAAAUCAAGAAAAAGGCUGAAGAUGCGCGAGUCAUUGGCAAGCGUCGCGCUGAGAGGCGACGAAGAGUCCUUGUUGAUUCGAUUCAAAACGUUUUUGAUGACAAUAGCCGAGCUAGGGACAUUCAACUUGUCGAGCGAGUCUCUCGCGUGAGCAUUCUAGAGCGACGGCUGACCGCGGAUCUGGUCGCGACGAAGGAGAAGGAGAAGCAAAUUCUGCGGGAUAAUCGGAUCAGAAUGAACAAGGAAUUCGAGGAGCAGCGACAGCAGCAGUUUAUGACCUUCUUGGACGCGGAAGCCGAACACUUGAGAGUCCAAAAACUCGAAGAGCGGGAACAAGCGAACAAAGAAAUUGAAGAGCAUAAAAGAAGACUUCAAGAAAAACGCGAAGCAAAACAUGCCAAAAAUGUCGAGUAUGCAAAAACUAUCACAAGCGACAUUCUUGAUAUCGCAAUGACCAUCAGCUUUUACAACGCGGGAACUAACAAGAAGGUUCCAAAGAAAAUCAUUCGAGAGCUCCGAGAAAAAUUCCAUGCUCAAGUUCCUAUCGAAGAAGAUGACGAAGACCUUAACUGUGAGUUCGCGCUAGAAGAAUACAACAAGUUUGAAAGCCAAAAAGACCCUUGGAAUCUUCAGGAGCCGUUUAAAAUGCCAGUUGUUGACAAAAUGAAGCUCGAUAUUUCCGAAAUCCUAAAGCCAGAAGAAACCCCUGAGCCAGAACCAGAACCAAUCUGGCCCCUAAGAAUCGCAGUUCUUGGAAAGCCACUUUCAGAGCACGAUUCUUUUGUUGAAAAAUUUUCACAAAAUCAUCCCGUCGUUGUGAGAAAAUUUGUCGAUAUGGUGAAAGAUUGCAUGGAAGCAUAUGAAAAUGAGGAGACUGUGACUCAUCAUUUGACUGAAAACGAGGCAAAGGGGACUUUUGAGGUGAUUUCUUCGAGCACAACAUCCACGAAUCCUUCUCGGGCGCAAAGCUCAAUGGCUGUGCAACAAAAUGAAGAAAAGACUGAAGAGAAUGUUGACCAAAAAUAUGAAACGCCAAGCGACAGAGCUAAACUUGGCAAAAGGAUCUCUGAAACACUCGCUGAAGGAGGAUCAAUUGACGAUGAAACUGUAGCUCUCAUCGCAGUCGACGAAGCGCGACGAAUUCAAAAAUCGUCUGGUUUCAUUUUUGUCGAUUUUCCGAAAAACGCGACCCAACUAGAAAUCUUUGAAAAAGAGCUUACCUCACUGCAGUCGAUUAUCUUGAUCGAAAAAGAAGACGAGACGAUUAUAAAAGAAAACGUCGCAAGCGCUGAUGUCGCCGCUGAUGUCAGUUUGGAUAUUUCUGCAUUUGAAGAAAAAUGGACAGAAAUGAAAGAAAUGCGUAGAAAUUGCAAAAACAUUUUGAACAGUGGUGACUUUCAAUUGACGUACGAUAAUUUCGAGCAAGAAAUUCUCGAAAUAAUGAGCUCCGAGAAAGAACCAGAGCCAAUCGUCCAACCUGAACCAGUGACUCAGCCAGAACCCGGGCAGAAACCAGAACCAGUUACUCCCGAACCAGUUCCAGAAGAAACCCGCUCUCGACCGACAAGUUCGAAGAAAAACUCACGAAAAGGAUCCGCAAAGUCAAAAGAUCGAAAAGGCUCUGCACAAAGUAGCCGUCCUAGUUCCAAAGGAUCCAAGGGUUCGUCAAAAAAGUCGAAAAAGGGGAAGGAAAAGAAAGAAGAAAUUCCCGUCGGUCCGGUUCCGGGAGACGCUGAUUAUCAAUGGCUUUCGAUUUUGGAUGAUAAGAGUGAUAAAACAAAAGGAUUUUAUUACAGGCUUACUCAGUCAGAAAAUGAUAUCGUCAAUGCAACGAAAAAACGAUUGCUCAAGAGCUUCAAGAACAUCGAUAUGGAAAGACGAGAAAUUGUCAGAUACCUCGCUGCAAUCAUUGAAGACUUCCCCAAAUUUCUCAAUCGACCUGAUCCAAAACAAGCGUAUAUCGAGCAGUUCCAAGCCGAUUUCAACAAUCAACCUGCGGAUUUACGGGAUGACAACGAGCUAAAACAAGAGCUUCACGAGCAACUCGAAGAAUUGACAGAACAACUGUAUCAAGUUGGCGAUACAAGGCGAGAAGAAAAUGACCAAGAAAGAGUGAAACUCAUGACCAGCAAUUGGCUCAAAGAACGACUUGCGCUUGUGAUAAUGCAUUUCGCCGCGAUGCUCAAAACUCUGGUUCUUCAAUGCGCGGUGAAUGUGAUGAUCAUGCGGAAGCAUUUCGCAUUCCAGGCGAAUGCUCCGAUUGAUUCUCCAUCGAUGAUUAAGGAGAUCGCACCAACCAAAGCGAUCGAGAAAUGCGAGUUCGAUCUUUCCAUCGAAACGGGGGAGCCAAUGGAAGGCGAAUCUGUUGUCGAUAGAUCCUCCUUGGCGAGCUCCGUUAAAACGAUCAUGUCGACAGUUCUCGCGAAUCUAGAAGAAAUCUUUCAAUCCGAAACAAAAGCGAUCGACGAGAUCUCUCUUGAAAAACCAGAAGCAGAGGCGCCAAAGAAGGACGAUAAAAAACGAGGCAAGUCCCCGAAAGGAGGCAAAAAAUCUCCAGCUGGAAAAGGUGGAAAGAAAGGUGCAAAAGAGUCUCCUGUUGGAACUUCACCAGAGCCAGAUUUGAAGCUUGAACGGCUGUUGAAAGCGAAAAAUGAGGCGAAGUGUGGAAUUAUUGAGCUUGUCGAGUUUGCUAAAGCAAAGCUUCAAGUCAUUUCUAGAAAUCUUGACGAAAUGACGGAAUCCUCAAUUUUGCAGUUUGAAGCUUGCUUUGGAAGAAUGGCGGAUAUGAUUUCAAUCGCUCAAGCAAACGAGACGAGUGCAGUCGAAGAAGCAAAUUCCUUCAUUAAAGCUGCGAUAGAAAAUGCCUCUCCUCUCAGGAAUGCUCUGAAUUUCGGUCCAAGCUUCGAAAUGAUCGACGAGGUAGAAAUACUCGUUGCAGAAUCGACUGCAGAAGAGGAAAUGAUAACCGUUACUCCAGCGAUUGAAAUUGUCGUGAAGGAGCUUAUCAAGCUCAAUUCAUACGAUCUGAGCGAGGAGCAAAUGCAUCAAGUCGCCAAAGAUCUUAAUGUGAAGAAGGAACUCAUCGAAGAAGCAGAUGGAGACUGGCGAGUUUUGGCUCUCUACGCGGUUGCGUCAGAAGAAGAAUCGGGGAUCAUUUCUAAGGCCGUUGCUGAGGGUUCAAAUUCGAUAACUUUAGAAGAAUGGACAACUCUUUUAUCAGAAACCUCCCCUUUAUGCAAAAUCGGACAACUCCUUGUCGAAGAAGAAGGUUUGAUUCCAUUGGAUGAAAUUGAACGAAUUCUUCAUGUAUAA